UGUAGAAUGUAGAGAGAUAGAGAGAGAGGAGAGAUAAUAGAAGUCGAGAACAAGUUAACACGGGAAAGCACAAAGCACCCAUGAUUCCAGUUCAUGCCAACCUCGCCGCCGUGGACCGUUGCCAUCUGUGCAUCUGGAUUCCAUAAAGGCACGCGUGCCCUGACCUCUCCACACCCCGCGUCCCACCAACUUCCAUUCCCUACCGCCCGCCCACCCCACUCCACUCCGCUCCUCCCACUCGAGCCAUCAUGGCCCUCGCCUCCCGCGCCGCCGCAGCCGCCGUGGCGUGCGUCCUCCUGGCGCUCGCCGCCUCCGCCGCGGGGGCGGGCUCCAACUCCCCUGCACCGGCGCCGGCGGUGGACUGUAUCUCCCAGGCCGCCAGCCUGAUCGACUGCAUCGACUACGUCCAGAAGGGGAGCAGCGCGCGCCGUCCGUCCGCUGCCUGCUGCGGCGAGGUCAAGACCGCAGUGGCCAGCCCCGUCAUCGUGGGCUGCCUCUGCUCCCUCGCCGGCUCCAACUCCAGUAACCUGGGCUUUCCCAUCGACAUGAAGCGCGUGCUGGCGCUCCCCGGCGCGUGCGGCGCGUCCAACGCCGCCUUCAGCAAGUGCAACAUUUCCGCGCUUCCCCCAACCGAAGCACCUGCACCGUCCGCCGCCGGGGGGUCAUCGAGCGGUGGCGCGGCGGCAUCUUCACCGCGCGCCGCGGCGGCGAGCUCUCCUCCGAUGACGGCGACCGCCCUGUUGGCUGCCGUGGCGGCUCCCCUGCUCGCCUACUACUGCUGCUACCUCUUCUGAGGGUUUCCUUCUGCUGCUGCUGCCGUCUAGGCUGAGUGACCUAUUUCUAUGUAUGUGACGAUUCAAGUUAACUUGUGGAGCGCGGCUGCGCGUGCGUUUGUGCUUGUGCAGUCGCCACUGUUGCUGUGUUCUUGCGAUACUCUUGUCACUUGAGAGGUGGUGUUGUAUGGACUGGUUUAGCUGGCUCCCCCGUGCUUCCAUCGACCCGCUUCGCGCUUCAUGUUUACUACUUGCGAUACUGUUGUUACUUGUGAUUGAUGAUGAUAAAAGCCACGGCCUGUGUUACUACUGCUGUAACAAGUCCGACAGAAGAACCAUCCAAUGCAGGCCCACGAAGGGGAUCCAGGCUGCGCCGGCCUAGUACUCGGCUUAGGGAGUUUGUGUGAGUUGUAAUUGAGAUAUAAGGGAAUAUUGAUUAGGGAAAAGGCAUCAGACUUGUAAUAAGAAUUCUGGACAGACUGUCGCUCUGCCUA